GUGUGGGAAGUCUGAAAAGGGUGAAUCGAUCCGAAGCGAGUGUAUUACGCGCGUUUUUCCGAAAACGAAAGAAUCCACCCGAGAGCGGUGGAAGUGUUUGCGGCAGAAGGAAGCAAUUUGCAAGAUUCGCACGAUGUUCCGCGGUUUGUGAUAAGUGAAAAUGUGCCAACAGAUUCGUUUAAGGUGCUGACGUUAGCAAACAGGAAUCGGCUAAUCGAUAAGCGUCAUCCGAUCGAUUGUUCCCGGCCAUUGCAUUCGGAAUCGGAGCGGGGUCCUUGGAAUUGUUUGUCAAAGUACGAGUGUGCAUCUGCGUUAAAAAAAAGUUGGCUGUGCAUUUCCUAGGAAGGAAGUUUCCCUUCGGAAUCUUGGAACAUGCUUCCCGGUGCCGGUGUUGGUCCGGGUUUGAAAAUGCAAACAUCCUGUCCCGACCAUCAGCUUCAUCAGGACGCCAGCGAACUUGUUUGCCCCGCCGGUAACGCGACCGAGCCGCUUCUGCAUGGCUACGAUGGCCAUGCUUUUCCGGGCAUCCUCAGUUAAUGCCGCUUCACAACGCCGCUGCUUGAAACGAUUCUGAAUCGGUUGCGCUGGCACAAAUGUGUCUUCAUCAAAGAACUACGACCAUCAAAUUUUAGGAAAACGCUUCACCAAACCUGCAAAGAUCCUUUGCAUUGCGAUCGCACCGGAGAAGAAACUACCUUAGCCCAUGGGAUUUGCAUUGCACUAUAAAAAGCGAACCAUCGGUGCCGCAGAGCCUCAGUGCAGUGCCAGCGAGAUAUCGAGAUAUCAACCGGUGCAACGCCUGGAAGCGUCACUAAACAGGUGCGCGGCAGUUAGGCACCACUUUUCCUUUCGCUGUUUGGCCAAAGCAUCUAUUGUAUUUGUUCUCCUGCAUUGACUCGCAUCCUCGCGGCAACUAUCAACACGAUGGAUGAGAACGAAGUUAAUUUUAUGCCAAAACUCCUCCCGAAGGUUGGUUGUUAUCGGGCCAUUUGUGAGAUGAAUGUUGUUUAAUAAACGAUACACAGCCUACACCCGAUUACGUUACGUUGAGAAGGGAAACAGGCCAAUCCCCACCGAUAGUAUUACAAUGGAGCGAUCGCAAAUACGAGUCAUCGGAAGAGAUCGCAUACCGGCCCGACUGGUGCUUUAUUUUCUUUCGUGGUCCGGCUUUCUGGUUUCGUUCGUGAUGCGCAACGACAUCAACUUUGCCCUGGUGGCGAUGGUGCAGGAUCCGACAACCAAUGCGACCGGCACCGAUCACUGUUCGUCAAGCUCGAGUUCGUUGGUGAUGGGCAACCGCUCCGAUAGCUUGUUCUCGAUGGUGAGCGACGCCAGCAAUGAAACGCUAACUCCGGAAGAAUUCGCCGAGCUCGGAACAGUGUUUCCCCCCGAUGGUGACACCAAGUUCGACUGGGACUCGACGGUGCAGGCCGUCAUCAAGUCGUCCUUCUACUGGUGCUACGUCCUGUCGCAGGUUGUUGGUGGCGUAGCCACGCAGUACUUUGGCACCAAGAACGUGUUCGGUUGGUCCCAGUUCCUGACGGCGGCCUGCAGUCUCUUAAUACCGCAAGCGGCCGACAUACACUACGGCGCGGUAAUCCUGUUGCGCUCGGUGCAAGGUUUCGCCAGUGGAUUGACGUGGCCGGCCAUGUACGCCAUCGUGGGCUACUGGAUACCACCGGUCGAACGGAGCCGGUUCAUGAGUAGCUUUCAAGGUUUCAGUAUCGGCAUUGGGCUUACGUACCCGUUGUGUGGGUUCAUAAUUGCGCACUUUGGUUGGCGGGAGGUUUUCUACACGACCGGCACGAUCGGGAUGGUGUGGUGCGUGUUCUGGUACCUGCUGGCGUACAACACGCCGCAGGAGCACCCGCGCAUCACCGUCGAGGAGCUGGAGUACAUCGAGCUGAACGUCAGCGAGGACAUUAAGAAUGGACAGGGGAUGCGGGUACCGUGGCGCCGUAUCUUCACCUCGAUGCCGGUCUGGGCGAUCGGGUUGACGACCUUCGGGCGCAUCUGGGUACACUACACGUUCAUCAUGUCGGGACCGGAGUACAUGCAGAAAAUCUUUUGCUUCGACAUCCAGCAGAACGGGCUACUGUCCGGAGCACCGUUCCUGUGCUCGUACCUCUCCUCGGUGCUGUUUUGCUACAUCGCGGACAUUCUUAUGGACCAUCGGACGCUCACUCUGACGAAUGUGCGCAAACUGUUCACUGCUCUGUCACAGAUCGUGCCGGGCGUGCUGGUGCUGCUGGUCGGCUACCUGGGGUAUCAGAUCGUCACGGUGCUAAUUUUGUGGUUUGUGGCCGUCACCUUUAUUACCGCUUCUUACGCCGGGGCCAUGGCGAACAUUGUCGAUAUUGCACCGAAUCUGGCCGGGCCGGUACUAGCGUUUGCGCAGACCAUCCACAUGACGGCCUCGUUCCUGCAGCCUCUCGUGACCGGCUUCAUGGUCACGGAUCCGCAAAACAUCAAUCAAUGGUUACACGUGUUCGGGGUGUCGUCGGUGGUGGCCAUUAGCACGUACGUCAUUUAUCAGGUGUUCGGGACGGCCGAAAUUCAGUCGUGGAACUAUCCGGUAGCCGAUCCGGAGGUAACUUCCUCGGACGACUCGGCCGUCAUCGCCAACCAGCCAAUGAUCAAAGUAGAACCGGGCCUACGGCUUGACGAUGAUGAUGACGAUUAAACCGAAAUGGUGUUUUAUGCGUUCACUGCACCACCCCGAUUCCCUGCGAAGUCGGUCGGGAGUAUCACAACCUCCCACAAGCGUAGAAAGUUCAAGUAAUUAAUACAACUUCAACAUUCGGCGAUUUGUACAACAGAGAAAGGGAGAGAUAAAUUGGAUAAUCUGAAAAAUCGAGUGACGGUGAGCAAGGCAAAGUAUUCGAAACGUUCCGUAAACACGUUCUAGGUUCCUUAUGGCUCUUGUGGUAAAUCAAAUUUCGGCCAGCGGCAUUCCAUACGCGUUUCUAGAAACGAACACAGUUACUACACGACACGGGGCGCAUUCUUGAGAGAAUGUAUGUAUUGCGCGCGUUGAGAACGGUGAGCGGUGGACGAGGAAGCCAUCAGUCUUCAAGGGAAGAGGAUGAAUCUGAAUUACCUUAAAACUGCUAGCAACCACUAAACAGGAUUUCGAGAUAGAUUGAUUAGGAAUUAGAUGGAAGUGGCUUGCUUUCGAGAAGGCGACAUAUUUACCACACGUCGAUGAGCACAAGUUCUCGUGGAUGAAUGUUUUGUACAGAUUGAAAAAGACGAGGAAGUUCUCAAAUCAUUUUAAAUCGUUCCAAUCGUUCCAUGCGCAACUAAAUCCACGACACACCGGCGAAAGCGUGUACUCUAUGAUGCUGCGAAUUUGUGAUUUACAUUCAUUAUUAUUAGCAGAUAAAAUCUUACAUUGCCAUUGAUUGUUAAUUUUAUUGUUAAGUUGUAGUAAUGGGGAACAGUUGUUGGCUUACCAAGUGGCGUAGUAUAAGUUGUAGCAAUAAGGCGUUCGGUUUGGUUUGGCUGGUUGCCAGCGUAAUGCACGAUUUUACUUUUGCUUAUCAUUUAUUCUUACGUGUUUUAAUUAUUAUUUCUAUGUUUGGUUGUUUAAUACCUUUCUUUUUAUUUUUUUACAAUUGCCCGCAACAAUGUGGAGAGUAUACUUACACCGUUAUCGGGUCGAAAAUCGAUUGAGCGCCGUAACAUGAUUGAGAAAUGUUGAUUCACGAUACGGAGGACGACGGUAUCUACUAGUGAUAAAGCACAAGGUUCUUAGUAUAUAUAUUACCAAAAUAAUCCCCAUUCAAUCGUACGCAGCGCCGGCGGUCAACGGUAAGAUUGAAAAACUAUGUGCCUGUCGUAGAAAUGGUGCUAAAGGAAUCGUGCGAUCGCGUGAAGCGGCUUGAACAUUGCCGUCGUGCAAUCAGAGUGAGACACGCAGAAUAUGGAGUUAAAGUGUUAAUAAUGUACCCAAGAGUUCGUAAUUCUGUUAGUGAAACGGGCACACCAUUAUUAGAGUUAAUUGUUAACCACCGCACGCCCAUGAUAAAGACUAUAAUUCUC